AGCUUUAUCUUCUCCCUGGAUGUGCCCCCAGCCCAUUUCCUCCAUGGCCCCGUCGAAGCGGACGCCCAUCUCGUACCCAGCACCCGCCGUCCGCAUGUACCAAUCCCUCCCCUGGCCCCGGCGCCGCCCCGCCCCCAUCCCCUCCCCUGGUUCUGCUCCGAUGCCGAUCCGGUAAACAACCGCCGGCAGGCUCCUCCCGUACGGCCGCCACGUCCACGCCCACCGCCGCUGCGCUCUGUACCCAACCUCCCACCAUCUUCUCAGCGACCCCGCAAGCCGUCGCCGGCUCGACCCCGCGUGUCGUGUGCCCGCUACCCCAUCCCGUCGCACCUCCCUACCCCCACCAUCUCUGACCACCGCCGCCGCCCAUUGCACUGCAGAACCACCUGUCGUCGCCCAUUGCACUGCAGAACCACCCGUCGCCGCCUACUGCAUCGAUAGGUGAGCUUCUGGUUCCUGAUUGUGUUGUCGUAAUUGCACUCAUCCUCUAUGGGGUCCAUCAGAACUGAAGUGCAUCACUCGAAUCAACCCAUUCUGUUGUUAUUCUUAAAUUGCGUGAUCUGUGAUAAUCGAUUUGUCUAACACCAAUGGCAUGCUCGUUCAUUUUAACUCACAGAAAGAUGACACCCUGCAUUCUUGCCGAGACUGUCAAUAUGUGGGAGAGAGGGCACUGUUAACUCCUUCCCAUUGUGCUCGUCUCAUGCUCGGAGGAGGCAAGAGCAAAUCCGGUGUGAUCCGGAUCAUCGUGCAGCCAAGCACAAACAGGAUCCACCAUGAUGCUCAAUAUGAGGACGCUGGGUGUGAGAUUUCAGAAGACCUAUCAGAGUGUGGUCUUAUCAUAGGCAUAAAGCAACCACAGUUGGAGAUGAUUCUUCCAGAUAGAGCAUAUGCGUUCUUCUCACACACCCACAAGGGCCCAGAAGGAGAAUAUGCCGUUGUUAGAUAUGGUAUUCAUUAUUGCGGGUGUGCAUUUCUGUCAAGGAAAUGGUGUGCUAAAUUGCUGGUUCAUAUUUUUCAGAUCAUGGAAGUAGGAGUGUCCUUGUUUGAUUAUGAGCUAAUUGCUGAUGACGAUGCGAAAGGAAUGCUGGCAUUUGCGAAAUUUUCUUGUAGAGCUGGGCUGAUAGACUUCUUGCAUGGUCUCGGACAGUGUAAAAACAUUAUUCAGUUCCUGAUAUUCUUAUCUCUAUGAUGCUCUCUUUGCUAUCUGGACUUAUCAGAAGUCUAUCACAAGCAAUUGCUCACGCAGAAGUGAAGUGCAAGUUCAUAUUACAUAGUUUUCAGUAUAAAGCAAUGUGUUUAGUGAUUGUUGACUAUGCAUUCAACUAAAGUAUUUACCUUGCAAUUGUAGGGUAUUUGAGCCUUCAAAAAUUCCAAGUUUCUCA